UUCAUCUCCUAGUCAUCUUUGUAUUCUCUGUUCAGAGCAUGCCAGCCACCCGGUUUCAUUUCGUGAGCCGCCCAGAACAUGCGACGGGGCUGGAGCAAACUAAGGGACGUGCCCAGACAAAGGCCAGUGUGAGGUCUGAAGCGGUCGUCCUUUCAUGGCCUUUGGAUCUUGAAACAGGCGGAUGAGAUGGUACAAGAUGCUGCAGGUCUCCGUCGAAGAUGGGAUUGUUUGAGUGCACUCAUCGUCGUUCUCUACUCGUGAUUUCUUCCAUCUCUCGAACCGUCCGUCUGUCUCUUUCUGUUUGAAAAUUGUUUCGAUCAUCAUUCUUUCUUUAGUUCUUCCAGUUCCCAAAAAGUUGAAGCUAUAACAUCUCGACUCGUUCAACGCUACAUCUCUCAAAUCUUCAACCGAAGUCGAGUCUGCCUUUGUGACGAGCUUUCGAAUCCGGAACGGAUCAAAUCCAACCUGGGGAUAGUUGCGAUUAUGAUCAGAUCACAAAUAGUCUCAGGGAUCUUUUUACUUGCAGUUCUAAGCUCUGCGGGACUUGUACGUCGCGAUGGCGAUCCCAGAAUUCUUCCACGAAGUGUUCCUUUCUCGAAUACCACACAGAGUGCUACAAGCUCGAGCUCAUCUCCGGACGCUGAUGUCCUCACCAUAAUACCCGUUCCAGAGACUACAUCUUCUUCCUCAUUAUCGAUUGCAAGUCACGUGCCAAGCCCAUCAACAUCUUCCAUCAUCAAAACGACGAGCACGACAUCGAGUAAUCAAGGUGUCCAACCUGCAAUUUUGGGAAGUCCAAGUACCAAGCCUUCACAGACCGGCAGCUCGCCGAAAUCGCCUUUCUCGAGUUCCUCGACUUUACCUGGCCCCACAGCCGCCAGUAAUUCCCGCCCAUCGAUUGAAGCCGCUCAACCUAAAGCCGACUCAUCCACGACAAAUCAAUUCGCAGAAACCACUAGCAAUUCUGUCUCGCCCAAAGCGAAGCCGUCAUCAACCUCGAUUCCGUUCUUUGCACUUAAUAACACCAGCUCGGUUCCACUGCCAACUGUCGGCCCGUCAUCUUCCAGUUUGGCGGCGUCUGCAGGUUUCCAAUCACAGCCCGGCGCUGACUCCACCACGCUCAUUGUGAUCAAUUUCUCAACAAUAACCACUUUCAAUGCAUCUACUCCAACCAGCAGCUCUAAGCCAUCCCCCACUUCUUCUACAAAUGUACCACCAACACCUUCGAUCCCGGCUGAAACAAUGUCAAAAGUACCCACUGUCAUCCAAUCAGCUCCACCAGCCACUGGCACGGUAUCCUCUGCUAUUUUCAGCGAAAAUCUGGCCCAAGCAAAAGGUUAUAACAACCUAUUCUCAACCCUCAAUUUCUCCUCUCCCUGCACCGGCAGUGAAAUUGCUUGCAUAGCUGGCAAUGUUGGGACAUGUGACAAGCAAGGGAGCUUCGUCAUUACCAAUGUCUGCGGCACCGGCCAACAAUGCUUCGCUCUACCGAUGAAUACCACACGAGGCGUGUACGUAGGGUGUGCAGAUAAAGCAGUAGCUGCAAGUGAGCUGAGUUUGACCCUAAGUUCCGCAACAAACGUUGCAACAUCGCCCACAACGGUUUCCACCAAGUCUUUGAGCAGCUCCACUUCAUCAUCUAGUUCACCACCGCCACCAUUCGCAAGCCAGACAACACUCUCUGUCACCAGCCUCCUGCCACACUCGUCAUCGCCAGUCGCACCUCCCGCAACACCCAACCCUCCUCCCGCCACAUCUUCUCCGGCUACCACCUCUUCAACACUUCCUGACAGAACGAUCACGGAAACAGUCAUAGCCAGCAGCAUAUUAACAAUGACACUUCAAAUCCCUGCACCGAGUUCUCCAGCCCAAGAACCAGCGCCUCAGCCACCGGCACCACCGCAGCCACUUUCCACUCUCACUCCUACGUCGACGACGAUUGCAGUGGGUGAUGGUCCUGGCAGUGCGGUUUUGACAAUUAUUCCUGUGCCGCAGAUGACGGGUGGUUCGGAGAAGGAGACGGUUACUGAGACGGUGACUGUUACUGUUACUGAGAAGAUUAGAGGAUGAGGAUUACGAUGAGUAGAUUUAAGUCACGGGGUUGAAUUGUGAUUUUCUGGGACGGGUUUCCCAAAAAUAGAAAGUAGAAAGGCUAUGUGCCGAAAUAAUUUAUAAUAGAUUCCUCAAGAUUUCGUGCACUCUUCCAAUUGAAAAGGAUAUCCGC